AUGUCCCUGCAGGCCACUUCACACCUUCCUCCAGGGCAGGAGUGCAGCUCCUGGGGCUCAGCACAGCCCGAGGUGCCAGAGCACUGCAGGACACCCCAUUCCAUGGGGAUAUCACCUUCCUGGGGCACACCACGCUCCCUGGAGGGCUGGGCAGCCCCUGGCAGCUCAGCCAGCCCCUGCUGCCAGCCCUGCCCGGGGUUUUGCUGGCAGCACCAGCCUCUGCAGGGCUGUCACUGCACAGGUGGCCCUGCAGCAGCCUCCCUGCGUGGAGCAGCCUCUCUGGAGCUGCAGCAGCUCCUUGCCCGAGCCCUCAGGCAGCUGCUGCUUUCCAGAGAUUACUCAGCUUUGCUUGGCAGGGAUCCCACUGCCAAGGGCUCCCCGGGGACAGGCGGGAGGAGCCUGCACUGGCACAGCUCCCAGGGCUGCUCAGGGACAAGUGUCCCUCCAGCAGAGCAGCUUGGGGUGUCCCCACAGAGCCACCAGAGCUGGCUCUUAGCUGGAGGGAACGUGAGCUUCAUGGCUGAGAUGCUACUUCCAGGGAAUCCCAGAAUGGGCUGGGUUGGGAGGGACCUUAAAGCCCAUCCAGUGCCACCCCUGCCAUGGCAGAGACAUUUUUCACUGCUCCAGGCUGCUCCAACCUGGCCUUGGGCACUGCCAGGGAUCCAGGGGCAGCCACAGCUGCUCUGGGAACCUGUGCCAGGGCUCCCCACCUCCUCAGGGAAGAGUUUCUUCCCAGAAUCUCAUCUAAACCUCUCCUCCUUCCUCUCAUGGAAAAGUUUCUUCCCAGUAUCUCAUCUAAACCUUUCCUCCUUCUCAGGGAAGAGUUUCUUCCCAGUAUCUCAUCUACACCUUUUGUCCUUCCUCACACAGAAGUUUCUUCCCAGAAUCUCAUCUAAACCUUUCCUCUUUCCUUCUCAAAGGGCUUGAUGCUCUGGAAAGGACCCCAAACAUUCCCCAGGCCUGGA